AGCAUGUCGGCCAGGUAAGCUCCCCUCAAUGGUUCGGCUGGUAAUGUAUGGUCGUUCUGGACAGACAACAUGCAUAUGACUAGGAUGAUUGUCGUGAUUUGGAUGGUGGAUACAGGGUCAUGGCGUGCGCAUACCGUCGCGACUGCAGCCUGUAUGCAUUGCCAGUCUUGGACGUCGUGCAGACGAUAUAACUUGGUUCGCGGCGCACAGUCAUAUGAUCUCGCCUUCUGCAUCGCACCAUUGUGGAUGGCAUUGGCGUACGUGGUGUCCUCCGCAAGGAAAUCAAUCGUCACGUACACGUUUUGUAUAACAUCCAAGGUGGCCUUUUGUUGUUUCGUGGACAGCCGACUAUUGCACAAACGCUGAAACAAAAACAUGCAGGCCUG